CCUCCCUCCGCAGGCAUGGAGUUUGUGACCGGCUACCGGGCAGAGAUCCUGGACUUUGCCGAGCUUCUCUUCGGCUGGUACCAGCGCUUCCUCCUGGACGCCGUCUGCCGGCGGGGCAGCGAGCGGCGCAAGAGGCAGGAGAGCUCCAUCCGCCGCCUGCCGCCCGACCCGGCCCUCUGGAUCCUCCACCUGCUGCCCAACCGCAGCCUGGCCUUCACGGUGGCCGACCCUGGGCAGCAGCUGGGCGGCCGCUUCUACAGCGAGGAGGCCCUGGCUCUGCAGGACCUGGAGCGCUUCAUCACCUUCGUGGGGGCCGGGGGGGAGGAGGAGGAGGAGGAGGAGGAGGAGGAAGAGGAGGAGGACGCCCCCCCCCCUGCCUCUGGCCCUGCCGGGACCCCGACACCCCCCGUCCCUCUCUGGCGGGAAGAAGAGUUUGACAUCCGGCAGCUGCAAAGGGCUUUCUCGGCCAGCCUCUCCCCCCGGGGGGAGAUCCUCCUCCGAGAAUACCUCCAGGGCUGGAGGCAACUGCUCAAGUUCCUGGAGGCGCUGGGCACGGCCUUCGGGCUGAUCUCCCGGGAGACGGAGUCCAAGAUCGGCAUCCUGCAGCGGCACCAGGAGGGGCCGCACGGCCUCCACUACCGCACGGUGCAAUCCAUGGUGGCCUUUGAGCUGGCCUCGGGCCUGGUGGGCUUCCAGUCCCUGCCGGCCCACCAGCCUCCCUCGGGCUGCCGGACGCUGCUGCGCCUCCAUCGCGCCCUGAAGUGGCUGGAGCUCUUCCUGCACAAGCUGGGCACCAGCCCGAAGGACGGGAAGCCCUCCCGGAUGUGCGCGGAGGCCUACCGGGUGGCCCUGGCCCCCUACCACAGCUGGUGGGUGCAGCAGGCCGUUGCCCUGGCCUUCCUGGCCAUGCCCUCCCGCCAGGAGCUCUACCACAUCAUCGUGCGGGGGGAGAAGCCGGCGGCCGUCCUGGCCACGGUGGAGAGCCUGGGCCGGGUGUACAACGCCACCCAGGAGGUCUACUCUGCCCACGGGAUGCUGGAGCUGCCCUAAGGACGCCCAGGGCAACGCGGUGGGUUUCACGCCCGGCACCCGAAGGACCCAUCCGGGGCCAGAGGGCUGCUCUCCCAGGCAGAAAGUGCCUGCCCCUGCGCCGCCAUGCACCGCCCAGAGAGCAGCCCCCCCUUCAGCGCCUGGGGGUCCCCAGUGGAAGACGGCAGGGGUCCCUUCGGGGGAGGGGAAGACCUGAAUAAAGAGCCUUGGGACCCAGAA